UAACAACAUGCUUUAAAGAUUUUCUAUUAACACAAGGCAAAUUCCAUUUUUGUUUUGAAAAUAGCGUGACCUCUACUGUUGUCACAAUGUACUUUAUGGUUAGUUUAGUCUGUAAGUACCGAAGGUUAGUCUGUAUGUAUCGAAGCUUAGUCUGUUAGUACCGAAGGUUAGUCUCUAACCUCUAAGUGAGUGUAAGGGCACGUGGGUAAGGUAUAGUAAACUUUCGAACGGGAAAUCGUUAUUAUUAUUGCAAAAUAUGGAGCAAAUAACAAUAAAAGAGGAAAUUGACGAUAGUGUGAGAGAAACAGAGACUGGUGAUAAUACAGAACUUAAAUACGAAGAAAAAUUAAAAUACACAAGCCUUAUAGCUAAACCCAUGGCCCCAAAAAAAUUAACCAAAAAAAUUUAUAAGUGUAUUAAAAAAGCUGCAAAGCAUAAAUCUUAUCUUCGAAAUGGUUUGAAGGAUGUUCAGAAGCAUCUUCGCAAAGGAGAACAAGGAUUGGUAGUCUUUGCUGGAGACGUAUUUCCAAUAGAAAUCAUGUGUCACUUACCAAUUGUAUGCGAAGACAAAAAUAUCCCAUACUGCUACACACCUUCGAGACAAGACAUUGGUGCUGCUAUGGGUGUGAAAAGAGGCAGUCUUAUGGUACUUAUUAAGGAACAUGAAGAAUAUAAAGAACUUUAUGAUGAAAUAAAAACUGCGAUGGUAACAUUAUCAACGCCACUAUAGAUAUAUAUUUAACCAUUUGUAUUUUUAAUCACUUUGUAAAUAGAAGAGAUUCAUAUAUCCUUAA